AACAAUCAUGGCUGCCCCUAGCAGUAGGCAAGUGCUCCGGCUUCUCUGUCAAUUCGGAGCGUUUAUUUUGACCCGAUUUGGUUUCUGGAACUGCUUUACCAUGCUGAUGCUCUUUGCCGAGCGUGCGGAUGUAAAACGGUAAGUGCAGUGUAUAUAUAGCUAUGGUAGUACAGGUCACGUUUCUGCAGUCGUAGGCUAGAUCAUGACUCUCAGUUCCAUUACACUACACAAGUGUCAUUGGACGAGUGCGACUUCUGUGUGGGGUGUUUUGUUAAGAGGCCAGACGCUCAAUCUGAACACGCCUCGCUGCGAGAAAUAUAUAUUUUUUAAAUAACUAAAGGUUAAAUUGAUACACACCUUGUUAGAGUUCUCAGAAGGCCAUAUCUCCAUGUUACAGCACUUCUUUAUUGAAGACAAGAGGUGACCACCUGUGCUAAUUAGAAGAGUCAUUGUCUGUUCCAGUCCUGGCCAUUCUGCUGCCCUAGGCAAUACAAAAAAGAGCUGCCUACAAUAGUCCCAGUAAGCAAAAUGAUGUUGGAAAGACGUCUAAAAUACGUAUUUUUUCCAGAUGUUGAAGUUAGGUUAAAUUUAGGUUCUGAAUAAAAGGUGAAAAUACGUAUUUUCCGGAUGUUGAAAUCAGGUUCAUUUUCGGUUUUGAAUUAAAGUUGAAAAUGUCAUUUAUAGACGUCUGUUUGGGCCAAAUCAAGACAAGUCCAGACUGGACAAAAUCUGAACCAAACAUAGACGUCUAUGAUUGGUUCAGAUUUGGUCCGGACAAAAAAACGACUUCUGUGGAAGUCGAGGCUGGUCCGGACUGUACCAAAAAAAAGACGUCCAAAGGUUGUCCUCGUCGGUCCUUGCUUACUAAGGGUUAGCCUACAGCAGGGAUGGGCAACCAGUCCUCAGGGGCCAGAAUGGUGUCAUACUUUUUCACCAUCCCAAGUCAGCACAGCUGAUGAAACUAAUUGCAUUCUAAACUAAAGAUUGUGAUUAGUUGAUUAUUGGUGUCAGAUUUGUUAGUAUGACACCAAUCAGGCCCCAGAGGACUGGGGUUGCCCAUCCCUGGCCUACAGUUUUGCCUUAAAUGUAAUUUUAGGAAUGCCCAUCUGUGGUAUGCCUACCAUUUGUAAAACACAAAAAAAAGACGUCCGAACAGGACCAAAAAAAGAAGUCCAAAAGGCAUCAGUCCGUGCUUACUGGGAUGUAGGCUACCAUGUUGGCCUGCAAUGGAAUUUUAUGGCUUUAUUAGUUCUGAUUCCUGUGACUAAUCAAUUUGGCUAUUUAAGCUCUGAAUAGCAGCUACCCGACUUUAUCAGGAGGAGUUGUCCUGAGCUUAUUUGCAAUGUUACACAGCAGGAAAUGCAGAAGUAUAUAUAUUUUUCGCUAUGAUCAGCUCGUAAAACAAUUACAGAUACACACGUAACCACUGAUCAUGACAGCAGUUGUGAGUAGCCGGAUUGUCCAUUCCAUAUUCUCCAUUUUACUUUGACCUGUCCUGUUUUUAGGAAAUGUUUGUUAACAUGUCAGCCCAUUUUUUUAUUUUUUUUUCAUUUGAUUGGGCGCCAUUUAGGCUAGGCUAUUUGAUCAGAGAAACCCGCAUGAUGUAAAAUGUUUCCAUCUCAGUACAUUGUCAUACAUUUGAUCUCCAGCCUGUAGGCUACAGAAAAGGCCACGUAAUAUUUAUGUACAUUUUUGGGACGGAAUGUUGGUGGAGCGCUGCAGCGUCGUCUCUCCAACAGCACCCUGGAGAGGAGCGCUGGGAAUGGACAAGAUAAAUAUUUUGUGUCCCCGCCUUUGACAAAGUGGCCAUUGCUUAUCAUAGGGCAGCAUCAGGGCUCACCUAAAAAGCCCAUAUGCCACUGGUUGAGAGAAAAUGUAAUUGUUUUGGGGCAGAAUUGUCAGGUUUUAUGUUGUUGGAGGUGCGUCUUGGCCAGUUCAUCACAGAAAAUGCCACCCUCAUCAGUCUUGCCACCAUAGGCGUUUGCCUAAUGAGCUAUCUAGCGUGCUCCCAACACCUGUGUGUACGGUUAGUGUAGCGGAAGUGUAGUUUGGUCUGAUGGAGGCACCAUAGCUGUAUGGAUCUGUAACUGCUACAGUGUAGUUUAGUAGGAUGGAGGCACCAUAGCUGUAUGGAUCUGUAACUGCUACAGUGUAGUUUAGUAGGAUGGAGGCACCAUAGCUGUAUGGAUAUGUAACUUCUACAGUGUAGUUUAGUAGGAUGGAGGCACCACAGAUGUAUGGAUCUGUAACUGCUACAGUGUAGUUUAGUAGGAUGGAGGCACCACAGCUGUAUGGAUCUGUAACUGCUACAGUGUAGUUUAGUAGGAUGGCGGCACCAUAGCUGUAUGGAUCUGUAACUGCUACAGUGUAGUUUAGUAGGAUGGAGGCACCAUAGCUGUAUGUAUCUGUAACUGCUACAGUGUAGUUUGGUCGGAUGGCGGCACCAUAGCUGUAUGGAUCUGUAUCUGCUACAGUGUAGUUUGGUCGGAUGGCGGCACCACAGCUGUAUGGAUCUGAAACUGCUACAGUGUAGUUUAGUAGGAUGGAGGCACCACAGCUGUAUGGAUCUGUAACUGCUACAGUGUAGUUUAGUAGGAUGGAGGCACCACAGCUGUAUGGAUCUGUAACUGCUACAGUGUAGUUUAGUAGGAAUGGCGGCACCACAUCUGUAUGGAUCUGUAACUGCUACAGUGUAGUUUAGUAGGAUGGAGGCACCAUAGCUGUAUGGAUCUGUAACUGCUACAGUGUAGUUUAGUAGGAUGGCGGCACCAUAGCUGUAUGGAUCUGUAACUGCUACAGUGUAGUUUAGUAGGAUGGCGGCACCACAUCUGUAUGGAUCUGUAACUGCUACAGUGUAGUUUAGUAGGAUGGAGGCACCAUAGCUGUAUGGAUCUGUAACUGCUACAGUGUAGUUUAGUAGGAUGGCGGCACCACAGCUGUAUGGAUCUGUAACUGCUACAGUGUAGUUUAGUAGGAUGGCGGCACCACAGCUGUAUGGAUCUAUAACUGCUACAGUGUAGUUUGGUCGGAUGGCGGCACCAUAGCUGUAUGGAUCUGUAACGGCUACAGUGUAGUUUAGUAGGAUGGAGGCACCACAGCUGUAUGGAUCUGUAACUGCUACAGUGUAGUUUAGUAGGAUGGAGGCAACACAGCUGUAUGGAUCUGUAACUGCUACAGUGUAGUUUAGUAGGAUGGAGGCACCAUAGCUGUAUGGAUCUGUAACUUCUACAGUGUAGUUUAGUAGGAUGGAGGCACCACAGCUGUAUGGAUCUGUAACUGCUACAGUGUAGUUUAGUAGGAUGGAGGCACCAUAGCUGUAUGGAUCUGUAACUGCUACAGUGUAGUUUAGUAGGAUGGAGGCACCAUAGCUGUAUGUAUCUGUAACUGCUACAGUGUAGUUUGGUCGGAUGGCGGCACCACAGCUGUAUGGAUCUGUAACUGCUACAGUGUAGUUUAGUAGGAUGGAGGCACCAUAGCUGUAUGGAUCUGUAACUGCUACAGUGUAGUUUAGUAGGAUGGAGGCACCACAGCUGUAUGGAUCUGUAACUGCUACAGUGUAGUUUAGUAGGAUGGCGGCACCAUAGCUGUAUGGAUCUGUAACUGCUACAGUGUAGUUUAGUAGGAUGGAGGCACCAUAGCUGUAUGGAUCUGUAACUGCUACAGUGUAGUUUAGUAGGAUGGAGGCACCACAGCUGUAUGGAUCUGUAACUGCUACAGUGUAGUUUAGUAGGAUGGAGGCACCACAGCUGUAUGGAUCUGUAACUGCUACAGUGUAGUUUAGUAGGAUGGAGGCACCACAGCUGUAUGGAUCUGUAACUGCUACAGUGUAGUUUAUAUUUUUUAUUUGAAGGAUUCUUUCUCGCUGAUGAAAGAUGAGGGCCAUAUGUUUCUAAACGUUAAAACACAGCGGCGGGAUUGUAGUUCACAUGGAGUACUCCUGGGCGAAGUUAAUGACUGAACUGUAUGGAGAAGGCAGAAAGCCACCAAGAGUUUUCUAGGGCUACUAAUAGUCUAACCAGAGGAUUGGCUUUACAGCGUCACUUUGCUUGUUAGUUUAGCUACUUUAUUGACAGACAGCUAUUUACUAACCCGUUUUCUGGUUUAUGAACGUGCUCAUUUGGUUGUUUUUAAAAGAACUCUAUAAAAUAUUGAAUAUGUUAAUCUUUCAUUAUGAGUGUUCCACCCUGUAGUUUAUUUGGUAGACAUCUCCAGUUACCUUACUCUGAUCAGGUCAUAUGGUCUAGGUUACUCCUAUACAGUGACUGCUUGACAUUGGCUUAUAUACCAUGUGAGAAGGUAACAUUCAUGUAUUAUUGUUACCCUAGCUAUAAUUUCAUAAUUCCGAAGAGGCUUUUUACAAAGAAUACCAAGUCAUGUACAUUUGAGUCAUUUAGCAGAUGCUCUAUCUAGAGUGACUUACAAAUAGUGUGCAUUCAUCUCUUUGGCGUUAUGAAAUCAUAGCUAUUGUUACCCAUGAGUGUAAUCUAUGAGAGUUGAUUUGGGAUCUGAACAUUGAUUUUAGAUUAUAACAAAAUGUCAGUGCUGUAAUUAACUUUCUGCUCUCUUCAUCUCCAGGAAACCUGACAUCCAGGUUCCCUACCUGUACUUUGACAUGGGGGCAUCAGUGCUGUGUGCCAGCUUCAUGUCCUUUGGAGUGAAGAGGAGGUGGUUUGCACUGGGUGCUGCCAUACAGUUAUCUAUCAGCACCUACGCUUCUUAUAUCGGUGAACAGGUGCACUACAGUGACUGGCUGAAGGUGAGUACUGCCUGUGCAUAGCAGCACCGAGGUGGAGUGGACAUCCCUAGAGGAAAUGUAGUUGUAGGCCAUUGUCUUACUUACAUCAGAUAGCGUGACAACUCCGUCUGCACUGAGAACGGUGCGUGGCGUAGGAAUGACACAACCUGACGGAAGACAAUGAGUAGUGGGCUGUAUUUAGUCAAACAGUGCAUACCUUUUUAUUGGGUAAUACUGGGUGCAGGGCCAAAAAACCUGACCUGACAAAUAUUAUUUUAGGAUUAAUUAAAAUAUUGUGUUGGAAAAAUUGAGUGAGUUUUGCAUCCCCCUUCACCACAUCUCUAGGAAAGCUCAACUGACCUUCUGUAUUAGAGGUUGACACGAGAGUGAAAAUGCAUUCCUGUCCCGUCCUGUCAAUUAUUUUCCUGUACUGUCCUGAUCCCACAAACAGUUGUAUAACCCCAGAACAUUCCUGUCCCUUCCCGAUAAAAAUCACUCCCGUCCAGUGCUCAUUUUUGCACGCAGAAAUAUGUAUGUUAUUGUGUUUGUUUAGGAAGUAUUACAUUAUUUCAGUAAACCAAUAUCGGACUGUGAUAUAUGGUUGUUUUACCCAUUUUAGUUAUAUGCACUGACUGUAGGCCUAAGUCGCUCUGGAUAAGAGCGUAUUCUUAAUGGCCUAAAGAUGGAUUAAGGCUGGAGGAUGAGGACGGAGACCCCAGCAGGAUGGUCUGCUCAGCACAGCACCAGCAUAAAACUGUAACCUACAGUUGAGCACUGCGCACAUAUGAACAUUUACAACACAUUAACAUUAACAACAUGAAUAUGCAAAUACAACAUUAAAAUAAACUGCGCGGCAGUACUGCAUAAGUCAAUCUUUUUGUAUUUCACUCUUCACCUCAGAUGGCACGGGUUUAGUUAAAUGCGCCAACAAUUGAGCUUGACGGUAAAGUUGUUGGGAGUAGAGCAGCUAUGGCCGCUUGUCCCGCUCUCCUGUUAGUAGCCUAUUUGAUUAAACCGCAGCAUUUUUUUUACAAGCCGUGUACUCGGUUCCUUCAUUGUCAAAGACAACUCCAUCAAAUGUAGCUUAAACAUCGCUCUUUCCUAGUCUCUAAUGUUAGUGAUAGGUCCUUGGCUGCAACAAGACGUUGCAAUUCCUCUAUUGAAGGCGUCGUCAUUUAACCUACUGACAUAGAUUGGCCUCUGAGGUAGCCUAUAGUGACUGGCGGGAGGGGGAAAUUACCCAUUUUUAAAUAGAUUUUAUUAAGUAAACGAUAUUUAGGUCAAGCCUACAGUUGUUUUUUCUGAAAUGCUCCACACAUGACAUACAGUAUUCCCGCCCCAGAAACUCUGUUUAUAACUAUUCCUGUACUGCCCAUUCCUGUGGACUGUUGAUUCUGUCCCGAACUUGACUCCCAUUGCUGCCAGAAUCCCGUGGGACCCGUGGGAGUCCUGUUUCCGUGUCAACCUCUAUUCUGUAUCUUGUGUGAUCUGUAGGUAAGGAUGUACUCCAGAGCCCUGGCUAUCAUCGGGGGUUUCCUGGUCCUAGCCAGUGGUGCGGGGGAGGUAUACAGACAGAAACAUCGCACCAGAUCGCUGCAGGCCACCGGACAGGUCUUCAUAGGGGUCUACCUCAUCUGUAUGGUGAGACAAACAACCUGCUACAGUGAUUUAGCUAACUACUUCUAGCUACAGUGUUUGACCUAGAAAUAAGCACUGUGAUGGGAAUCCCCCUCCUCCAUCCUUAAAAUCAAUUACUGUAGACCUAGAAACCCUGACAGCAAAAGGCCUAGAUUUUCCCUGAUUAAAUAGUGUCUGAUUAGGACAAGUGUCAAUGUUGAUAUGAGAGAGAUGGAUCGAUAUAGAGCAAAUCAUUAUACAAACAGGUGCAACAAACAUACAGUAGUAGACUGUCUAAAGAAACGACUCAAUGCAGCGCUGUGUUCCCUCCACCAGGUGUACUCGCUCCAGCAUAGUAAAGAGGAUAGGAUGGCCUACCUAAACCACAUCCCUGGUGGGGAGAUUACCCUGAUGCUGCUGGUGGUGCUGUUUGGGGUGCUGGCCCUGGCCUUCCUCUCUGGCUGUUACGUCCGCCUGGCCUCACAGAUCCUGGCCGUGGUCCUGCCACUUGUCCUCCUCUUCAUCGACGGUAACCUGGGCUACUGGCACAACACGCGCCAUGUAGAGUUCUGGAACCAGUUGAAGCUGAUGGGGCAUAACGUGGGUAUAUUUGGGACUGUGCUGAUCCUAGCUACAGACGGCUGAAGGAUGGGCGUGUUCGCUGGCUUUCAUGCAAUGGACACCUUGGCAGACUGAAG